AUGGAUGGGGGCCAGGACAAAAAGUGUGGAGGCAGGGCCAAGGACAGGGCGGCGGUGUUCUCGUCGUACAUCUACAAGGUUCUGAAGCAGGUUGGCCCUCAGACCGGCAUUUCGAAUGGGGCGAUGGCCAUUUGCAACGCGAUGGCCAACGACCUGUUUGCGUCGAUCGCCACAGAAGCUGGCAAGCUCGCGCAGUACAACAAGAGGGCCACCAUAACGUCGCGCGAGAUCCAGACUGCAGUCCGUCUGCUGCUGCCAGGAGAGCUGGCUAAGCAUGCUGUCUCGAAUGCAACUACGGCCAUUAUGCGGUACACCUCGUCGGAGCCGCGUAACGCCUCGCCUGCAAACGCUAGCGAGGCGACAAGCAGCGAGGCAGAGCAAGCAGAGAGCGCAAGAGACAGCGUAGAUGAGGUGGAUACGGUGGAUGCGGUGGCGGAGAAUGCGGUGGCAUCGACCGCGGACCUCGAGGCCGAGGUGCUCGCAAUGGUGGCCGAGCUGUCGCUCUCGGAUGCCUGGGCCGCGUUCUCCAAGUGGAUGCGCCCACGGAUCAACGAGCUUCAUCCCGACUUUUCGGUUCCUGAGGUGACUGUGGUGUUGAGCAGGGCGUGGAAGACGCGAGAGGUGGGCGGGAUCCGGGCGGCGCUUGAAGCGGUCUAUCUUGCAGCAGUGAUUGAGUAUGUCAUGGCCGAGCUCCUCGAACUGGCUAGCAUUGCCGCCAGAGACAACAGCCAAGAGCGCAUCGUGCCGCGGCACCUGCAGGUGGCCAUCCGGGACGACAAAGAGCUGAACAAGCUUCUGGAGUCGGUGACGAUAGCGUCCGGGGGUGUCAUCCCCGACGUUUCUUCGGUGCUGAUGCCGACAGAGUCAGCUGCCGCAGAUAGGGCGCCCGGUAACCACAUGUAG